UCCUCGAUUGUAAACUCCUUUCACAUUGUGUACUACUCCACAUUUACAAAAUAAAAAUUGUAAACAAACAAUAAGCAGAGAACAUGGAAGUUCUUAAUCCUCGUUUUACUGGUUUGACGAACUUCCAUGUCAUGGAAUGGCUAAGGAGUAUUAAUCAUACAAAAAAGAAGUGUGGACUAAGGAACUUGGCCACCAUCACUAAUGAAACCCAACAGUUUUUGGAGGAAUCUCCAUGCAAAUAUCAGAGCCGUGAAAGCAUUAGAGGGUUUUUAAAUGAUAUGGAACCUUACACAUUGAGUAUGAAGGAGUUGUUCAAGAUGAUCAACGACCCACCUUCUAGUGCUUUGCACAUACAGUUGUUAUUUAAAGAAAGUGAGGAACGUUUAAGCGAGGACCAAGUUAAUGAAAUUAUACGAAUAUCAAAGAGACACUUUCCAGGUCCUCCGCCUGAGUCAAAUUAAUAAUAAAGAAUAUUAGACUUGCUGUUUUUCUACGUACAUAUA